AUGUUCAAGCAUGGCUUUCUUAACUUUAGCGAGGCCUCUGGAAGGAACGCUGUUUCUCGUCCGACUGCAGGCAGCACGGCUUCACCCCCAACAUCAAAGAAAUCAUCAAAACGAGUACACUGGAAUGCGCCGACUGAGGAGCCAGAAGUGUCAACGCCGCCACGGAUUAGACGAUUUAGGGAUAACGAGCUCGCCGCAAAGAUUCAGAUAAAUCGUGACGACACCAACUAUCUACUCAGUUUCAGCAUGCCGGAUGCUUCGACGGAAUUCUUGCCACCAUCCCAGACUAAGAACGGAGCCACACACGAAAUGUAUAUCAACAAGACCCACAACCAUUUGUGUUGGGCCGUGAAUUUCCCACCUACAAAAAAUCCACUGGAGCGUCCGGAACGUCUUGCAGUUGAAUUUUCAAUCAAUCGAUUUGGACUUUCGAUGGAGAGGGCUGCACUCCGUGAGAAGGAUAGCUACUUUUUUGAGCUGCAUGCUGAAAAUGAUCUCUUAAAACUAAUCUUAAACACAAUCCAAUCCGACGACAAUGCCAAACGAAUCUUUCACCACUCGUCUGACGCAGUAAGAUGGCAGGGCAUACUAUCCAUACGAGUGGGAGGUGGAAAAGGGAACGGAAUGCCACAAUGGGAAACCGGUGUCAAGAUGCUUACUACAAUGAGCGAGCGACCGAUGGACAUGAACACUCUUGGAAUACUCGCUGAUCAGGUUUCAAUGGAUGCGCUAGCGACAGAUGGAGAAUCCAUGGAUAUGCAGGAUUUUUAUGACGAUGAUGUGGUUGUGCCUACAUCGUCUAGCAAGAAGCCAAUGCCGACAUGGAUUAAUAAAGUACUUGAUGCUCCUCAAGUCGCAUCACCAGUCGAACCUGCCGUAGUUGCGCCUGUAGUGACAGAACCCGCUGUACCAGCAGCACCAGCAGCACCAACUGUGGAUGCACCAGUCACAACCGUACCCGUCACGGGAGCUGCCAUAACGGAUGUAGCACCGAUAGUCUCGCAGCUUCCCGCUGAAGGUUUUUCAACUACAGCUCCAAUUGUCUCGCAGUCUCCCGCUGAAGCUGUUUCAACUACAGCUCCUUUAGUUCCCGAGGCAACACCCUUAGUACCUACUGAAAAUACGCCGAUAGUACCAUCUUCUGAAGCAGUCGAGUCUUCUGCAGCACCACUUUCACCUAAAUCAACCGAAGUGUUGCUUGUCGUAGAGCCAAAUCUACUCGUGACAGCGUCUACCACAAUAUCAUCAACUGAAAUCUUGCCGAUCGUAGAGUCGACCCUACUCGCGGCGUCUACCGUCUUGUCAACCAGAGCUCCCUCGUUGACAAUAACCGAAUCUGCCAAUCUACCACCAUUACCCAAACUAGAAAAGCAAACGACAAAACAGCGGGGCGAAGAAGAAGUACAAAUGGACUCGAUGGUAUCCCAGUUUGUCGUCUUUUCCACAUCUUCUUCCAAUGCUAGAAGGAGGAGUUCAGACUAUUACGAGAUGAAGAAGUGGUAG